AUGGAUUGGAAAUUAAAUUUGUUCCUCUUGGCUGUUGCUUUUGCUCCAGGCCUUACGUUUGGCUCAGAAUGCAACUGUGACAGUGGGGAAGUAGCCACUCUACCAUGCUCGAUUGAAAUAAAGUCACCAGGAGGACCCCGGAAAGGUGGCCGUCAACGAGCAUUCCAACUUGCGCCACUCUCAGGAUCAGGAUAUGGUUCUGGUUUGGGAAUCGGCUUAGGCUCAGGAAGCGGAGGCAGCUUAGGAGGAGGAUCUGGUUUCGGCCUUGGCAUUGGUUCAGGAAGCGGAGGCGGUUCAGAUGGAGGUUCUGGUUUUGGCCUUGGCUUUGGUUCAGGAAGCGGAGGAGGCUCGGAUGGAGGUUCCGGUUUCGGCCUUGGAAUUGGUUCAGGAAGCGGAGGCUUAGGUGGAGGUUCUGGUUUCGGUCUUGGCUAUGGCUCAGGAAGCGGAGGCUUAGGUGGAGGUUCCGGUCUCGGCCUUGGCUAUGGCUCAGGAAGCGGAGGCUUAGGUGGAGGUGCUGGUUUCGGCCUUGGCUACGGUUCGGGCGGUGGUUAUGGACCAGGAUACGGCCCUGGAAUAGUUUAUCUGACACACGCACCACCAUCACCCCCACCAAUUUAUAUCCAGCCAGCUCCAGCCCCAUCCCCACCACCACCAGUCUAUGUAACCCCACCGCUUGCACCAUCACCACCACCAGUAAUUAUAACCCCACCACCUGCACCACUACCAACACCAGUCUAUGUAACCCCACCACCUCCACCACCACCACCACCACCACCACCACCAGUCUAUAUAACCCAACCACCUGCACCACGACCACCAAUUUAUAUCCACAGACGACCCCCACCACCACCACCAAUUUAUAUCCACAGACGACCCCCACCACCACCACAGCCAAUUUAUAUCCCCGCACCAGCCCCGCCACCACCAGUUCCAGUAUGCAUAGAAGUACCAGCCCCACCAACAUAUCAAUGGAUAACCAGUCCAGCUGCAUACAGUUCAGCUACUGCCUCUGCUAGUGCGAAUUCUGGAGCAUCCCAAGCUGCAGCCUCUGCUCAAGCUGCAGCCGCUGCUCAGGCUGCAGCCGCUGCUGAAGCUGGAGCCGCUGCUCAAGCAGCCGCAAACGCCCAAGCUGCAGCUGCCGCUCAAGCUGGAGCUGCAGCUCAAGCUUCAGCUUCAGCCGCAGCUCAGGCUGCUGGUUCGUCUGCUCAAGCCGCUUCUGCUGCCGAAGCUGCUUCCAACCAAGGCUCAGCUUCAGCCUCUUCAUCUGCUAGCGCAAGCUCUGGACCAGCAGUUUACUACUCUGCCCCCGUGAGUGCUACCGCCAGUGCCCAAGCUGUAUCUGGAUCCCCUGUAUAUUUUUACGAUGCACCUCCAGCACCUGCUUGGGGCCCUGAAUUGGUCUAUGGUUACGCAGCACCUGAACCCACUGUCACCUUUUCUGGCCCCCCUGUGUAUUUCGACAAAGGGGUAGAUGUUCCUAGUGGCUACUCUGGAGGCUCCAGGAAGUGGAGGCUGAAACCCAUCUAUCUUGAAGAUGCUCCUGAUGAAUGCACCUGCUAAACGGAAAUCCUUAUGAAAA